AUGCUGCGCAACAGAUCGAGAAGAGCGGUUGGUGGUGCUGGUGCUGGUGCCAACCAAGGAGGAGCAGGCGGCCUCAUGGCUGAGCUCCCCGCGGCCACUGCCGCCCAAUCGCCGAGGCAUCCAUCGUCGUCCUCUUCUGCUGCCGCUCCUGUGUUCCCUUCCCCGAGGCCGUUCGUGGCGAUGGCGCUGCCCCAGGCCGGGCUCCUGCUGGACGGGUCCUCCGAGGGCCCCUCGUCAGCCGUGAGCCCCACCUCCAUUCUCGAGACCAAGCAGUUCUGCUGCUCCGCGCUGCCCCCGUUCCUGUCGGAGAGGAGCCUCCGGAGGGCGCACACGGACGCGACCGCGCCUCCGGAGCCGGCCGGCGUCGGCCUCGCCGACGUGCUCCGGGACCACGGGGACGCCAAGGUCGCCGGGGCAAGGAGGUUCCUGCCGGAGAUCGUGAGCUCGCCGUCCGCCCGGGUGUUCGCCGGCGGCGUGGCCGUCGUGCCCCCCGGGGAAAUGGCCAUGUCGGAGGACUACACCUGCGUCAUCUCGCGCGGCCCGAAUCCGAGGACCACGCACAUCUUCGACGACUGCAUCGUCGAGAGCUGCGGGGAUUUGCUAGUCGACAAGGCUGACAAGGCCGCGGCCGCCGUCGCCGGCGGCGGAGCUGUGGCGUGUGGCUUCUUGAGCUCUUGCCAUGCAUGCAACAAGCAACUUGGACAUGGCAAUGACAUCUUAAUCUAUCAGUGA